UUGUUUUUUUUUCAGGUUUUAAGUACUUGAUGAAGUCUGCUGUCCCUUCCCUCAAUAUUCCAACACAAGAUACUCUAGCUUGCCUUUCAACAAGUACUAAUGAGUCUGAAGUAUCAGUGGUCGACAUCAAUGCUGGAAUACUUACCACAGAUGGAGAUUGUUGGGAGGAGAUGGAUGUCAAACAAGAAGUUAAGUUCAAUCCAGAUGCAGAAAAUAUGUCGCAGUUUCAUCCACAGAACAGCACUGUACAGGAUUUUCCCAGGCCCCUGGGUGUCCCUCUUCUUUCUUGUAACAGCAUGACUAAUGAUGCAUUUAAAUAUGUCACUGGCCUAUCUAAAUGUUGCUUUGAAAAAUUCCUCAACAUUUUAACUGUUUCACCAUUUACAUUGCCUGCUUGUGACUUGUCUGCAGGAAAUCAAUUAUUCCUCACUCUGUGUAAAAUGAAAUGCAAUUUCAGUUUUGACCAUUUGAGUGUUGUUUUGAAAGUUGAACCUAAUGCUGCCUUCAUAGUAUUUUCAUUUUGGACAUACACCAUAUUCAGAGUAAUGAAAUCAAUGUGUCAUGUCUCUAAAAUCAGAGAGGGGAAAUUGUUGGGUUCAAUUUCUAUUGGCUUAGUUCAAGUUAAUGUCUUGAAGCAUUACACUUCAUGCAUUGAUUACAUGUCGUCCUUCCCUCAAGUAUCCACAUCCCUCAAAGGAAUUGUAGCUGUGGAUGACUCUGAAAUCAGAUUGUAUUAUUGUUCCAAACUUUAUGAUGAAUGUGUUUCUGCUGAUGUCAUGCUGCAAAACAGUGGUCUGAAGAAGUCCUUGGGUGCAACAAGUUUUCUGGCUAGUGAAAGUCUACUGCUCUCCAAUUAUUUUAAAAACUGUACUGCCAAGGUUACACCAAUAGUGUCAGAUUGUGUUUGUGGUAAAGAUGCCAUGACACGGUAUCAGGCUUCAAAAUUUGCAAUGAGUAGAAAAUGUUUUCAAUGUCUUGUUGAAAUGUAUCGUAUUUUAGCAGAUGGAAUACCUACCAAUCUCACAAUCAUGCAAUCAGAAAUUUUCUUUAGUUGUAUGAUGAUGCUAAAUUUAAGAGAAGACCUAUUUAUGUCCGACUAA